CUGGCCUCUGCCAAUGGGUGAGCACCAAUAUCGUCAGCGCUCAAAUGACGUCAUAGGAAGUACAAGACAAGUGCAAGUAGCACCGAAUGAUCGAGUGUGCAAGGUGGUUGUUCCGUCGUAUGGUGGCUUACUUCCUCUGUUGCAGGGAUCGGAAACAUCUGGUGGACAACUUGUCACAACUUCUGCUGCUUUCCCUUUUCGCUGACACUUUACAUAAACAUCAAAAGCGCAGCAUUUCCUUGUGGCCAUGAAGAUUUCUGCGAUGGAGCCGAAAAGACCAGUGUCCAAAUCUCUGAUUCGCGCUGACCGGCUCCCGUUUGCGAGAACCUGAAACCCGGCUUGCGUCCGUCCGUGCGUCCGUCCGAUAUCUGGCGUCAGCAUCAGCAGCUCUUUGGCGAGUGCUGCUCGUGAUUUAAAUGCGCAUCGUGGUCGUUUGUCGCCGCUUGUGGUGAACUAUACUCGUUCUUUUCCGGCCGCUGAGCAGAGAGACGUCGCUGCCCGAGGACCGCCACCUGCGCAGCCCCGACGACGUGUUGCAGUGUUUAGCGUUGACCCAGGGUCCUCAACAGUCCUGCGCCAUUGCCUCCUCAGCAGCAAACUCCGCUUCCGCCGUCUCGAACGCCAUGGGACGCAAGAAAAUCCAGAUCUCGCGGAUCACCGACGAGAGAAAUCGUCAGGUGACUUUCAACAAACGCAAGUUUGGCGUGAUGAAGAAGGCGUACGAACUGAGUGUUCUGUGUGACUGCGAGAUCGCGCUCAUCAUCUUCAGCAGCUCGAACAAACUGUACCAGUACGCCUCGACCGACAUGGACAAAGUGUUGCUCAAGUACACCGAGUACAACGAGCCGCACGAGUCGCUCACCAACAAGAAUAUUAUCGAGGCCCUCAACAAGAAGGAGCACAAAAACGGCACUUGCAGUCCCGACAGCCCCGAGCCGGACGCCGACUACCAGCUCACCCCACGCACCGAGGCCAAGUACAACAAGAUUGACGAGGAGUUUCAGUUGAUGAUGCAAAGGAACCAACAGAUCAACGGCAGCAGAGUGUCAGGAAUGAGCCAGAGUGGGUACACGCUGCCGGUGACGGUGCCUGUGAACAGCAGUUACGGCGACUCGUCAGCUGGUCUCAUGCAGUCUAGUCCUCAAAUGGCGCACCCGAGCGUGAGCCCCCGGCCGUCGUCGUCCGAGACGGACACGGUGUACCCUGCGGAAGCGAUGCUGGACAUGAGCAACGGAUACCCGCCGUCGGCCUCCCCUCUGGGAUCGGCGUCGCCCGGACCCAGUCCCGGCAUCGCCAACAAAAGCAUGCAACAGAAACAGCCGUCGCCCAGCCGGUCGCACCUCAGGGUCGUCAUUCCCACGCCGCAGGGACCUCAGUUACCCUCUGAUGAAGUAAUUGAAGACAAUGUUGAUUACAAUCGAAAUCCGUCAAUACCGGGCAUGUCGUCGUACACAUCGUCCAUGAGUGCAUUCGGUCCGCAGGACUUCUCAGUUGGAAACGACAUCGGACUGGCCGGGCUGAACCCCAUACACAGCUGGAGCACUCCGGGGCCGUUAAGUUCCUCGCUCGGACACCCUAGUGGUGUGCUUCUCUCUUACAGCGGGCUGCCGCACUUGGCCGUCUCGAGCAGCACGCCGCCGCCCGUCUCCUCGCCGCCAGUCAAAAUCAAAAGCGAGCCCAUUUCGCCGCCCAGGGGCGAGGGCGGCGGCCACAUGUCCUCGCGGCCCAGCUCAACCGGCCACCUAACGCCCACUCCAGGUAUGAGGAACUGUUCAAGUACAAGUGUAAACCACGCGUCGCCUGGAGACCCUCGGCACAGCAUCGAGUACGACCCGGCCCCGAUGCAAAAGCGGUCGCGGCUGACCACGGAGGGCUGGACGUCUUAGUGGCACGCUUACGCGGCGUCGAGCGCCUACGACGCCACCUCUCUGCUGCAACAAGCGUCCAGCCAUUAGAGAAUAGAGCCAAAACACUCACUUUCUUUCUCUGUGCGUGUGAAACAAGCCAGUCACUCCACUCACUCAGUCAGCGAGCGAGCGAGCGAGCCAGCGAGCGCAGCCCAGCUGUCCGCGCCGCAGCCGCCUCUUCUGUCCACGCGGGCUCCAGCGAGCGAGCGAGCGAGCGCAGCGCAGCGCACAGUUUCGGCGCCGCCAGCAAAUUCUACGUACACGUACACACACACACUCACUCACUCACUCACACUCACGUCGCUAUGUAAGCUAUGAUCGUCUGCCGAUGCUGCUCGCACAGCAGAGGAGCCAUAAUUACGUUUUAGUCAAAAUCAAAUAUCGUCGCCACAUCACGGAAACAUUUGCUCAUCGUAUUGAAUUAAUGUUCUUGACAAAAAAGAAAUUUAAACAUGGAUGUUAAGCGAGCGAGUUAUCACGAUGUUUAUUAACCGCAGAGUGGAGGUUUGUUGCUCGUGGAUUGCGCCGACUAAAUUUCGUUGUGUUGUUGAACAAGAGAAGAUAUAAUAAUUAUUAUUGCUGUUUGUACAUACACUGGAUCACAUUCGUUCGUUUGUUCUCGCCACUGCGCUGUCAGGACAAACAUGGCCGCCUUUAGCGUCUCAUAGAAUUUUUUAAAGGGUGUAAACCAAAUUGAUGUAAAAUUCGAGCGCCUCGUAAUUUGUUUUUUCCUGAUUUUGAUGCGAAAUCUGGCGUAAAAAAGCUCAAUUUUCCAUUUCUUUCUCAUCGAGUCAAUUAUUGCGGAAUUACGACUUUUCAACCAUGUUGUUGGUGACGGCGCAGUGGGCGAAUCGAAAACUCGGAAGCGAACACACGCAAACUCUAAUUAUUUAUGUACAUAGACGAGGGCAGAUGAGAUUUUUUGAAAUUUUUUGUUCAGAAUAGUAGUGUCGACCACUCUGAUGGGAAUUAAAUUAAUUAAUUGAGAAAGAGAGACAGAGAAAGUAAUUGCCAGGAAGCAACCAACCAACACAUUACAACCACCAUCACCACAAAAGACUCGCUGAAUUUAUAUUUGUACUAGAAUAUAUUUUACUAACAGACUUACAAAAUUGCGAACAAAACAAACAAACGUGCUGGAUUGGAAGUUGUAUUCACAUAGAGCAGAGAUGAAAAAAAGAGAAAAAUUUAAUAUUUACAACAAGUUUUGGAUGGAUUCAGGGCCAAGCCCUUUUUAAUUACCAAAACGAAGGAUUGGUGUUAAUUAUCCGAUUCGCUGAGAGCUGCUGCUUCUGAAGAAACAAAUGCAAAACAAAACAAAAAGAAAGAACCACUAUGUGGGCUAGCUAGUUGAGUAAGUAGUAGACAAAUUUUCGAGGCCAUUCGUCAGCGCAAGGCAUCACACACUCUGACAAAAGAGAGAUGUUAAAAGUGGUCCAAAAAUUAUUUUUCUGACACGUACAGUACUAAAAAUUAAUGUUUUCUAUUAGCGCGUGCGGUGAAACACAUUCAGAUAUAUAAAUAAUGAUAAUGAAACGGCAUGCAGAGCGAUUGUCAUAGCAAUUUGUGUUUUCUUUGUAUUAAAUGUAGCCGAAAAUGAGAUAUAUCAUGUUUUGUUUUUCGUUGUGAUUUUUAUUUAUUUUGAUGAGAGAAAGAGAAAAAGAGAUGUUGGAGAGAGGGACGCGUAGCCAAACUAUUAAAUUGCGAAGAAAACGUUCGAGUCGAAACUGUUCUUUGGUAAGACAAAAUGCAACAACAACUCCAUAAAAUGUGCCGUGCUGCAAUAUCUGUUCUGUCGCUGCUCAUGCUUUUCGCUAUUGUAAAUGUGUGUGAAAAAAAAUACGAUUUGUAGAGUUUGUCUAAAACCGAAACAAGGAAAAGAAAAAAGUACUGUCCUGCAUCAGCGCUGCUGCAACAUAUCCCACACACACACGAACACGCGCACUCACUGCUGUCGCGCAGCCAGCGUUUUAACAAGUGUAAUUUUAAUUAUUGAAAUUAAAGAAACUGCCUUGUCGUUUGAAGGCUUUAAUCUUGAGGAACCAAGCAGAAAUGUCAAAAAGAAAAUGGUCAAUACACGCCUUCUCGAAAUUAGGAGCUUUGAUCCCCUUAAAAUUAAAAUUAGAAAUUGGCUUCAAAAAGCUUCAAAGAAACCAGCCUGCUGAGAAAUCAAAAUCGCCCCCCGCCCCCUGCCCCCGCCCCUACACUCACCCCCUCGGACAAGAAUAUAUAUAUAUAUUGUUAACUUCCUGUCGUUCAAGUCUCCCUGGAAUUAGCAACCAACCAACCAAGCAACACACCACGUGUCUAUUACGCGUUCUCACACACACACGAAACAAAAUUAUUAAAACGGGGUGUGUGUUUUUGUCACGUACCUCUUUCGUCCAGUUGUCCUUUAAAAGACCUCCUUGUAGGAAUGCCUUACUCUCAGUGCCUCGGUGUGUGUGUGUGUGUCUGAUGAACAUUUUAAAAAAUAAAAAUAAAUUCUUUGAGAGACAAAACAUCAACAACAACAACAACCCUGAGCGUAAUUAUAUUUAAAAAAAGAUUUUAACAUUGUUCUCAAAUUAAUAAGACACUCUUUGAGCUCUAAAUACGAUAGUGAAGUACGUAUAAAAAUUUAUCAUUGUUGAUCAUCACAGAUAUAUUUGCACGCAAUUAGAGGUGAAUCCGAUCUACCGAAGCGCAGAUGUGAUCUUUACUCGCGUGCGAACAGAGCAUAAUUGUUUAUUUCUUUUUAAAAUGGGAAGAAUUAAAAAAAACUGUCCGUGCCUUUCUCGUCGUUGUCAGACCUUCGUCGGAGUGCACCCCAUAUCACUCACACCCCUCGAUUGAAAUUUCGAUAUGUGGAUAUGUGUUUGUUCCGUUCAAUGUUACGAGACGUGUUGGUUUUUCUCUUCACACAUCAAGCUUUUGUGUCUUCCGCCGCCUUCUUUUUUGAGAGAAAAAAAUAAAUAAAUUGUUGCAAAUUGUCCCCCCGAAGAGAGGGUCGAGAGGGUCAAGUUUUUCUUCGAGAUCCAAUACUCAGGCCUGCCCGCGAGAGAUAUUGUCAAAAAUCAAACGGAACAACUAAUUGUAGAAUAUUUUAAUCAAUGGUGUAUGUACUUAUGCGACACAGAGGAAAGAAGCGAGCCACUCGGAAAAAAAAGAUUUUACAGUUUGUUCGUUUGUUUGUUUGUUUGACCAACACACGCGCGAGAGACAAAACAACAAAAUGCUGUUUUCAAUAUAUAUUGACCGUUGUAAAUAAUGAUUUUCGUCUCACACGAUAAGUGCAAUAUUUGUUGACAUGUCCAUGCAAAUGCAAAUAUAGAGGAACACGUGACAAAACUGAAAUAAAACAAUUGCAGUUAUUAAUUGUAUUCAAUGGAUUUUCGUUUCGAUGAAGCAAGAGCAAGUAAUAAUCGCAUCCAAUAAUAGUAAAAAUUACUUUAACCGUCGGCGGCGGCGACGCCGAUCAUGGGGCCGCAGCUCGAAAAAUAAAAAAAAAACAUUCGUGCCAUUUCAUUUCUCGGCCACCUCAUGUUUGGCGGCCAACCGGCUGAUUCAAUGGGUUGUGAAUAAAAAGUAUGUGUUUUCAACAAAAACAAAAAACAAAAAAUCAUGUCUAUCGGGAAAAAAACGCAAAAAAAAACACUGCAUUUCGUCCCCUAAGCUGGCUUUACGAUUACUCAUUGUUUAAGUUUUAUUCUUGCACACACAAGUUCAGGAAUUACAGGUAUAUAUUUUCAUUUUAAAUAACUAUCCUGUCACUAGUUUCUCCCAGGACAAAUUUCGUUUUUUUUUGUCACACAGUGGGGCACAACAACUCGAUAUACCGAUUCUUUUUCUCCUACUUUUUGUAGUGCCAAAAAAAACCAACCACUAACCUUUGGGCGCGCGCGAAGCCAAUUUUCUGGGUGGUGCAAACUACGCGAUAAUUUUCGUUAGAUACAAACACACGAGAGAGAGAGAGAAGAGAGAGAAAGAGUAUAAAUAGGACCUUUGGAGAGCAAAGUAGCGGAGAAAUGAAGAGAAUAAACCAUGCAGUUGCCACCUCUAUGUAUGAGUUGUAUUAUAUAAAGUUAUGAUUUUUUAAAAAAAAGAAAUUGUUAUGCUGUGAGAUGUAAUUUAGUUGUAAGAAGUGGUUUAAAGUGAGAAGACAACAAAUCUGUAACAAAAACAUGAAUGGUAUAAAAUUGAAAAGGAAAAUAAACGUGUAUAUAACUGAGAGUAAA